ACCCUAGCGUGUUGUUCACUGACCGUUGAAGUUCUCGUUCAUUGCUUUGCUUAAUCUCCGAUCCCUGAUUUCGUAGUUAGGGUUUCGGAGAAGUCUUCUAUAUUGUAAAUUAUACGAACGCAGAGCGAGAGAGAGAGAGAGAGAACUCAAGGAAGAGGAGUAAUGUCGGUUUCUUCUGAUAAAGAGCUCGAGACGAAGCUUCUGGAAUCUGGAGAAAGGCUUCUCGGACCAUUACCUUCCACUGUUGAGAGUCUUCUUCAUCUUCUCUACAAACUUUUGAACCGCCUUAAAGAGGUGGAAAAGACACAUACCGUCUCAAUUCAGAACGCAGUCUCUCAGUUGAAGACAACUUUAAUAGCUGAAAGACUGUUCAAGCAUUCUAAUUUCGAUGUGAAAAUCGCUACAGUGGCCUGCAUCACCGAGGUGAUGAGGAUAUAUUCGCCGGUCGCUCCAUAUGAUGAAGACAAGAUGAGGGAGGUAUUGCAGUUAAUCGUAUCAUCAUUCGAACAUCUAGACGACGUAAAUAGUCUCUCCUAUACCAUAAGGAUAUGGAUACUUAACACUGUGGCUAAGUGCCAAGUAUGUGUUCUGAUGUUGGAUCCUGAGUAUGUUGCUCUUCUAAUUGAGAUGUUCCAGCAUUUAUUCAAGGCUCUAAGGGAUCAUCAUCCAAUGGAAGUAUUUUUAGAUAUAAAGAACAUUAUGACUCUUGUUUUACAAGAAAGCGAUGGUAUACCUCCAGAGUUGCUUUCAAUAAUCCUACGUUAUGUUAAAAAGGAUGAUGAGGUUCCCCUAAUAUCACGGAGGUUGGCUGAACAAGUUCUCAUUAACUGUGCUAGCAAGUGCAAAACAUAUCUGGCUGAAGCUGUGAAAUCAUCGGGCGUGUCUUUAGAUGAGUAUGGUAAUGUGGUGGCUUUCAUAUGUGAAUGGGCAUUUGGUGAAUGGGCAUUCAGUGAUUUGAAGAAGAACGAAGUUGUUGCUCGUAAAAAACUAGUCGGUUCCUCUGGAAAGUCAGUAUCGAAGUCAAAGACAGAUGUGAAGCAACCGUUAGAAGAAAUGUCUAAUGGAAACACAAAGAGAAAACACAGUCUAGCCAAAGAGAAAGCAUCUGAUCUCCAAAACUAUGAUAAAAAGUUAGUUGGGUCGAGGAUCAAAGUCUGGUGGCCUAUGGAUCAAGCGUAUUAUAAAGGCGUGGUUCAUUCAUAUGAUUCUUCUAAAAAGAAACAUCUGGAUCAAGAAGCAAAUCAGACUGGCCGUGACCAAGAAGCCUCUACAAUGUCCCAGAAGAAGAAAGCUAAGACAGGCAAGGCACAGUCAGCUGAUAAGCAAUCGAAGAUGGAUAUAUCUCCACAGAUGCUUUCGCCAAUUCCACGUUAUGUUGAAAAGGAUGAUGAGGCUCCCCAAGUAUCACCUAGGUGUGCAGAACAACUUCUCUGUAGCUGUCCUAGUCAGGUCAAAAAGUAUCUGACUGAAGCAGUAAAAUCGUCGAGCGUCUCUAUAGAUAAGCAAAAUAAUGUAGUGGAUUCAGUAUGUGAAGGGGGAUUCAAUGCUUUGGAGCAGGAAGAAGUUGUUUCUCAUAAAAAGGAAGAUAAGCAGAAAGCUGCAAAAGUUUCUACCCCUGAGCAAACUUGUGUCUCUAAGAGGAGACUGAACCUGUCACUUCCUCAUGAAGGAGACCCUGCUGAAACUGAGACUCCGACACACAAGCGAGCUCGACUUUAUGAAGUUCAUGUUGAGAUUGAGAAGACAGCUGCGGAAGGGGAACCCUCUUGCCGCACUCACAAAUCCCGUCUUGAGCCUGGAGACCCUCAAGCUUGCUACGUCACACAUCAGUUGGCUAAGGUGAAACAGAGCCUCAUAGACACUAUAACCAGUGUAAGACAGUUUGGCUCUGAGCUUGAGACGAAGGAACAGAGCAUUGUAGACACUUUGACCAGUGUAAGACAGUUUCGCUCUGAGCUGGAGACCAAGGAACAGAGCAUUGUAGACACUUUAGCCAGUGUACGACAGUUCCAGGCUGAGAUUAAGAAAAAGGAAGAUAAUCUGAAAGCUUCGCUGCAGGAAGUUGACGUGUUAGGGGGGAAGAUAUCCGGAAUCAACUCAUAAUCAAGUUUAGAGUGAAAAUGAAGAUCAAGAAAUGA